AGACUGCAGCACGCAGCGUGGCGCCUCCUCGGAGAGUCUGCGUGUGGACGCCCCUGGCUCCUCUCACAUGUCAAGUCACAGCGGGGAGCUGCACAUCCUGAGCGUCUACGGACAAGGGGAGGGCCCGCUGGCGGUGGACGGCCAUGACACCCUCUUUGCCGCGUCAGAACCGGAGGCCUUGAGCUCGCUGUCCGCUGACCACAGCGUGGCCAAGAGCCUGAACUGCAGCGUGAGGCUGAUCCGCCUUGAGGAGCUGACUGGGCACCAGGGCGGCCGCUAGGGCCGGCCCGGUCUCUUGUGUGGAAAGGUUAUUCCCAACAAUGCCAAUAUGAUCGUCCACAUGAGGACUCACUCUGGGGAGAAGCCCUACAAGUGUGACCAAUGCACGAAGCGGUUCAGUCUGAAAGGCCGGCUGAAGCGCCACAUGAGGACUCACUCCGAGGAGAAGCCCUACAGGUGUGACCAAUGCAUGAAGUGCUUCAGUCUUGGCUCCAUCCUGAAGCGCCACAUGUCGACUCACUCCGAUGAGAAGCCCUACAGGUGUGACCAAUGCAUGAAGUGCUUCAGUCUUGGCUCCACCCUGAAGCGCCACAUGUCGACUCACACCGGCGUGAAGCCCAACAGGUGUGACCAAUGCGCGAAGUGCUUCAGUGAGAAAGGCACCCUGAAGGGCCACAUGAGGACUCACUCUGGGGAGAAGCCCUACAGGUGCGACCAAUGCCCGAAGUGCUUCAGUGAAGGCCGCACCCUGAAGAUCCACCUGAGGACUCACUCCGGCGAGAAGCCAUACAGGUUUGACCAAUGCACGAAGUGCUUCAGUCAGAAAGGCACCCUGAAGAACCACAUGAGGACUCACUCCGAUGAGAAGCCCUACAGGUGCGACCAAUGCCCGAAGCGCUUCAGUCAAGGCUGCACCCUGAAGUUACACUUGUCGACUCACACCGGUGAGAAGCCCUACAGGUGUGACCAAUGCACGAAGUGCUUCAGUCUGAAUAACAUCCUCAAGAACCACAUGACUACUCACUCCGGGGAGAAGCCCUACAAGUGUGACCAAUGCACGAAGUGCUUCAGUCUGAAAUGCAACCUGAAGAUCCACAUGAGGACUCACUCUGGGGAGAAGCCCUACAAGUGUGACCAAUGCACGAUGCGCUUCAGUCAGAAUAACAUCCUCAAGAACCACAUGACGACUCACUCUGGGGAGAAGCCCUACAAGUGUGACCAAUGCACGAAGUGCUUCAGUCUGAAAGGCAACCUGAAGAUCCACAUGAGGACUCACUCUGAGGAGAAGCUCAACAAGUGUGACCAAUGCACGAUGCGCUUCAGUCAGAAUAACAUCCUCAAGAACCACAUGACGACUCACUCCGGGGAGAAGCCCUACAAGUGUGACCAAUGCACGAAGUGCUUCAGUCUGAAAGGCAACCUGAAGAUCCACAUGAGGACUCACUCUGGGGAGAAGCCCUCCGUGUGUCUGCAGUGCAACGCCAGCUACAGCGCCCCAAGCUCUUUGCGUUUGCACAUGCUCAAGCACACUUUGACACGGGGUAGCGGGACGCUUUGAUUGAGACCUCUGUCUGGUAUUCGUUUAAAUUACUGCUUUUAGUUUUUCUUUUCAUCACGAUUAAACGCUUUCAACUUUU